CGCGUGUGCGCCGUCGCCGCGGGCCGAGCGCGGGCUGCGGGCGAGCCGGGCGCUGCGCAGUCUCCGCAGGCUCCGGCGGGAGGGGUCGAGGCGCGGCGCGGCGCGGCGCGGGCUGCUCCCGGGCCCAGGUGAAUGGAGUAACCUGACAGCGGGAGCGUGGCGACGGCGAGCGGCAGGAAAUGGCGGCGGCGGCGGCGGCGCCGGGCGGCACCGGGAGGCCUGGGCUGUGACGCGCGCGCCGGAGCGGGGUCCGGAUGGUUCUGGAAGGCCCGCGGCGCUCGUGCUGCAGGUUACCUAGGGUAUGAAUUAAUACAGACUUGGAAACUCUGAAAGAACUUAGAAUCAGCAUUUUGAGAGCAGAAGCUUGGGCAUGCUGUGAUUUUCCAAUAAUCUGCUAUCACAAUGUCAAAAUGCAGUUCAGACAACAGCAACACAGAGCCCUCAAACCCUAAAACGUAAGCUGUGCUAGAACAAAAAUGCAAUGAAAGAAACACUGGAUGAAUGAAAAGCCCUGCUUUGCAACCCCUCAGCAUGGCAGGCCUGCAGCUCAUGACCCCUGCUUCCUCACCAAUGGGUCCUUUCUUUGGACUGCCAUGGCAACAAGAAGCAAUUCAUGAUAACAUUUAUACGCCAAGAAAAUAUCAGGUUGAACUGCUCGAAGCAGCUCUGGAUCACAAUACCAUCGUGUGUCUAAACACUGGCUCAGGGAAGACAUUUAUCGCAGUACUACUCACUAAAGAGCUGUCCUAUCAGAUCAGGGGAGACUUCAACCGAAAAGGAAAAAGGACUGUGUUCUUGGUCAACUCUGCAAACCAGGUUGCUCAGCAAGUGUCAGCUGUCAGAACUCACUCAGAUCUCAAGGUUGGGGAAUACUCAAACCUAGAAGUAAUUGCAUCUUGGACAAAAGAGAGAUGGAACCAAGAGUUUACUAAGCACCAGGUUCUCAUUAUGACAUGCUACGUUGCUUUGAAUGUUUUGAAAAAUGGUUACUUGUCACUGUCAGACAUUAACCUUUUGGUGUUUGAUGAGUGUCAUCUGGCAAUUCUAGAUCACCCAUACCGAGAAAUCAUGAAGCUCUGUGAAAAUUGUCCAUCAUGUCCUCGCAUUUUGGGACUAACUGCUUCCAUUUUAAAUGGGAAAUGUGAUCCAGAGGAAUUAGAAGAAAAGAUUCAGAAACUGGAGAAAAUUCUUAAGAGUAAUGCUGAGACGGCAACUGACCUGGUGGUCUUAGACAGGUACACUUCCCAGCCAUGCGAGAUCGUUGUAGAUUGCGGACCGUUCACCGAUCGAAGUGGGCUCUAUGACAGACUGCUCAAGGAACUAGAAGAAGCACUUAAUUUUAUCAAUGACUGUAAUAUAUCUGUACAUUCAAAAGAAAGAGAUUCUACUUUAAUUUCAAAACAGAUACUGUCAGACUGCCGCGAAGUGCUGGUGGUUCUGGGACCCUGGUGUGCAGAUAAAGUGGCUGGGAUGAUGGUAAGAGAGCUUCAGAAGUAUAUCAAACAUGAACAGGAAGAACUGCACCGGAAAUUCUUGCUGUUUACAGACACUUUCCUGAGGAAAAUCCAUGCACUGUGUGAAGAGCACUUCUCACCUGCCUCCCUUGACCUGAAAUUCGUAACCCCUAAAGUAAUAAAACUGCUUGAGAUCUUGCGCAAAUAUAAACCAUAUGAGCGGCAGCAGUUUGAAAGUGUUGAGUGGUAUAAUAAUAGGAAUCAGGAUAAUUACGUUUCUUGGAGUGACUCCGAGGAUGACGAUGAAGAUGAAGAAAUUGAAGAAAAAGAAAAGCCAGAGACUAAUUUUCCUUCUCCAUUUACCAAUAUUCUCUGUGGAAUUAUUUUUGUGGAGAGAAGAUACACAGCAGUUGUCCUAAACAGAUUGAUAAAGGAAGCUGGCAAACAGGAUCCAGAGCUGGCUUAUAUCAGCAGCAACUUUAUAACUGGACAUGGCAUUGGAAAGAAUCAGCCUCGUAACAAACAGAUGGAAGCAGAGUUCAGAAAACAGGAAGAGGUACUUAGGAAGUUUCGAGCACAUGAGACCAACCUGCUUAUUGCAACAAGUAUUGUAGAAGAGGGUGUUGAUAUACCAAAAUGCAACUUGGUGGUUCGUUUUGAUUUGCCCACAGAAUAUCGAUCCUAUGUUCAGUCUAAAGGAAGAGCAAGGGCCCCGAUCUCUAAUUACAUAAUGUUAGCAGACACAGACAAAAUCAAAAGUUUUGAAGAAGACCUGAAAACCUACAAAGCUAUUGAAAAGAUUUUGAGAAACAAGUGUUCCAAGUCAGUGGAUACUGGCGAGAAUGAUGUGGACCCCAUUGUGGACGAUGAUGACAUUUUCCCACCGUACGUGCUGAGGCCUGAUGACGGGGGCCCGAGGGUCACAAUCAACACAGCCAUUGGGCAUAUCAAUAGAUACUGUGCUAGACUACCAAGUGAUCCAUUCACUCACCUAGCUCCCAAAUGUAGAACCCAGGAGUUGCUCGAUGGUACAUUCUGCUCAACCCUUUAUCUGCCCAUUAACUCGCCCCUUCGCGCCUCCAUUGUUGGCCCACCGAUGAGCUGUGUACGCCUGGCUGAAAGAGUUGUGGCUCUGAUUUGCUGUGAAAAACUGCAUAAAAUUGGUGAGCUGGAUGAACAUUUAAUGCCCGUUGGGAAAGAGACAGUUAAGUAUGAAGAAGAGCUGGAUUUGCACGACGAGGAAGAGACCAGUGUGCCUGGAAGACCGGGCUCCACCAAGCGGAGGCAGUGCUACCCCAAAGCCAUUCCUGAGUGCUUGAGGGAUAGUUACCCUAAACCUGAUGAGCCCUGCUACUUGUACGUGAUUGGAAUGGUGUUAACUACCCCCUUACCUGAUGAGCUCAACUUCAGAAGGCGGAAGCUCUAUCCCCCGGAAGAUACCACAAGAUGUUUUGGGAUACUUACUGCCAAGCCUAUACCUCAGAUUCCUCACUUUCCUGUGUAUACACGCUCUGGAGAGGUGACCAUAUCCAUCGAGCUGAAGAAGUCUGGUUUCACACUGUCUCUCCAAAUGCUUGAGCUUAUUACAAGGCUUCACCAGUAUAUAUUCUCGCAUAUUCUUCGGCUUGAAAAACCCGCACUAGAAUUUAAGCCUACAGAUGCCGACUCAGCAUACUGUGUUCUACCUCUCAAUGUCGUUAAUGACUCCAGCACUUUGGAUAUUGACUUUAAAUUCAUGGAAGAUAUUGAGAAAUCUGAAGCACGAAUAGGCAUUCCCAGUACAAAGUAUUCAAAAGAAACACCUUUUGUUUUUAAAUUGGAAGAUUACCAAGAUGCAGUUAUCAUUCCAAGAUACCGCAAUUUUGAUCAGCCUCACCGAUUUUAUGUAGCUGAUGUGUACACUGAUCUUACCCCUCUCAGUAAAUUUCCUUCCCCCGAAUAUGAAACUUUUGCAGAAUAUUAUAAAACAAAGUAUAACCUUGACCUGACCAAUCUCAACCAGCCACUGUUGGAUGUGGACCACACAUCUUCCAGACUUAAUCUCUUGACACCUCGGCAUUUGAAUCAGAAGGGAAAAGCACUUCCUCUAAGCAGCGCUGAAAAGAGGAAAGCCAAAUGGGAAAGUCUGCAGAAUAAACAGAUCCUGGUUCCAGAACUCUGUGCUAUACAUCCAAUUCCAGCAUCACUGUGGAGAAAAGCAGUUUGUCUCCCCAGCAUCCUGUACCGCCUUCACUGCCUUCUCACUGCAGAGGAGCUAAGAGCGCAGACAGCCAGCGACGCUGGCGUGGGAGUCAGAUCCCUUCCUGCGGAUUUCAGGUACCCCAACUUAGACUUUGGGUGGAAAAAAUCGAUCGACAGCAAAUCCUUCAUCUCAAUUUCUAACUCCUCUUCGGCUGAAAACGAUAAUUACUGUAAGCACAGCACAAUUAUAGUCCCUGGAAAUGCUGCACAUCAAGGUGCUAAUAGAACCUCCUUAGGAAACCACGACCAAAUGUCUGUGCCCUGCAGAGCGCUACUCGGUGGGUCACCUGGUAAGCUCCAGAUUGAAGUCUCCACAGAUCUGACAGCAAUUAAUGGUCUUUCUUACAAUAAAAACCUUGCCAAUGGCAAUUAUGAUUUAGCUAACAGAGACUUUUGCCAAGGAAAUCAGCUGAAUUACUACAAGCAGGAAAUACCUGUACAACCAACUACCUCAUAUCCCAUUCAGAAUUUAUACAAUUAUGAGAACCAGCCCAAGCCCAGCGAUGAAUGUCCUCUACUGAGUAAUAAAUACCUUGGUGGAAAUGCUAACAAAUCUACCUCAGAUGGAAGUCCCGCGGGGGCCGCGAGGCCUGGCACUGGUACGCCUGACGCUGUUGAUGCACUCAAGGAUAGGAUGGACCGGGAGCAGGGCCCGCCUGCUGGGCUCUCCUCGAGGACGCUUGGCCCCAAUCCUGGGCUUAUUCUUCAGGCUUUGACUCUGUCAAACGCCAGUGAUGGGUUCAACCUGGAGCGGCUUGAAAUGCUUGGUGACUCCUUCUUAAAGCACGCCAUCACCACCUAUCUCUUUUGCACUUACCCCGAUGCUCACGAGGGCCGCCUUUCAUACAUGAGAAGCAAAAAGGUCAGCAACUGUAACCUGUAUCGCCUUGGCAAGAAGAAGGGACUGCCCAGCCGCAUGGUGGUGUCCAUAUUUGACCCCCCUGUGAAUUGGCUUCCCCCUGGCUAUGUGGUAAAUCAAGACAGAAGUAACUCUGAUAAGUGGGGGAAAGAUGAGAUGACAAAAGACCGCCUGCUGGCAAAUGGCAAAUUGGAUGAGGACUGUGAGGAGGAGGAAGAGGAGGAGGAGGAAGAGGAGGAAGAGGAGGAGGACCUGCCCUGGAGGGCUCCCAAGGAGGAGGCCGAGUAUGAAGACGACUUCCUGGAGUACGACCAAGAGCAUAUUCAGUUCAUAGACAACAUGUUGAUGGGGUCAGGAGCUUUUGUAAAGAAAAUUUCUCUCUCUCCCUUUUCCACCACGGAUUCUGCAUAUGAAUGGAAAAUGCCCAAGAAAUCCUCCUUAGGGAGUGGCAGCAUGCCGUUUGCCCCCGACCUGGAGGAUUUCGACUACAGCUCCUGGGAUGCAAUGUGCUAUCUGGACCCUAGCAAAGUUGUUGAAGAGGACGACUUCGUGGUGGGGUUCUGGAAUCCAUCCGAAGAGAACUGUGGGGUGGACACGGGGAAGCAGUCGAUCUCCUACGACCUGCACACGGAGCAGUGCAUCGCCGACAAGAGCAUCGCAGACUGCGUGGAGGCCCUGCUGGGCUGCUACCUGACCAGCUGCGGGGAGCGGGCCGCGCAGCUUUUCCUCUGCUCCCUGGGGCUGAAGGUGCUCCCGGUCAUGAAAAAGACUGCCCGGGACCUCGGCGGCAGCCAACAAAGGAGCCCUUCAGGGAGCCCCGCCGCCGCAGCCCCAGCGGCCGGCCCCCGCUCCGCAGGGCGCAUGGGCCUGGAGUACGGCUCUCUGAAGAUCCCACCCAGGUGUAUGUUUGACCACCCAGAUGCAGAUAAAACCCUGAACCACCUGAUAUCGGGCUUCGAGAACUUCGAGACGAAGAUCAGCUACAGAUUCAAGAACAAGGCUUACCUUCUGCAGGCCUUCACACACGCCUCGUACCACUACAACACCAUCACAGAUUGUUACCAGCGCUUAGAAUUCCUGGGAGAUGCGAUUUUGGACUACCUCAUAACCAAGCACCUUUAUGAAGACCCUCGACAGCACUCCCCAGGGGUCCUGACCGACCUGCGCUCCGCUCUGGUCAACAACACCAUCUUCGCUUCGCUGGCUGUGAAGUAUGACUACCACAAGUACUUCAAAGCCGUCUCCCCCGAGCUCUUCCACGUCAUCGAUGACUUCGUGCAGUUCCAGCUGGAGAAGAAUGAGAUGCAGGGCAUGGAUUCUGAGCUCAGGAGAUCCGAGGAGGACGAGGAGAAGGAAGAAGACAUUGAAGUUCCAAAGGCCAUGGGGGACAUCUUCGAGUCCCUGGCCGGCGCCAUCUACAUGGACAGCGGCAUGUCGCUGGAGACGGUGUGGCAGGUGUACUACCCCAUGAUGCGCCCGCUCAUAGAAAAGUUCUCUGCAAAUGUGCCUCGUUCUCCAGUGAGAGAACUGCUUGAAAUGGAACCAGAAACGGCCAAAUUUAGCCCGGCCGAGAGAACUUACGACGGGAAGGUCAGAGUCACCGUGGAAGUCGUAGGAAAGGGGAAAUUUAAAGGUGUCGGCCGGAGUUACAGGAUUGCCAAAUCUGCCGCGGCGAGAAGAGCCCUCCGCAGCCUCAAAGCGAACCAGCCUCAGCUUCCCAGCUGACCGGGGGCGCCGGAGGAGGGGCCGGACCGGAGAGAGCCCGAGGCAGACUCGAAAGCUUGUUUGAUAACAGGAUAGAUAACAGAAUAAAAACAUUUAACGUAAUGUAUAAAAUUUUUGGAACUAAUUGUAGUUUUAGUUUUUUGCGCAAACACAAUCUUGUCUUCUUUCCUCACUCCUGCUUUGUUGAAAUCACAAGAGUGCUUUAAUCAUGACAUUUAGCUAGUGCUGGAAGGACUGGUGGACAGGUUUCUCGGGUUGCUUUUAGUUCUCUUUUGCGUCUGUCUCUGUCAGCUUUUGCUUCGUGUUAGAAGACCAUGGAGCGCAAUGCUCCGCCUUCCUAGACUCCCACAGAGCCCUGACCGUGCUGAGUUUGUGGAGCGGUGCUCACCGCGCCCCGGGAGCGAGACGGGGCCCGUGUCGCCUCUGCCCCCAGGCUGUGCCCGUGAGUCGCUGUGGCGUAGUAGUAGGGACACUUGAACCACCACUGCCUGGUGAGUCGGUGAGUCGACACUGAGUUUCUGAUGCCACAUAGUCCUAAAAAGGUCCUUGCCUUAAAAGUGAAAACUUCAUGGCUGUUUAAUUCUGAUCAGUUUUGGAACAAGUUGUUUUCUAUCUCCUUGAUUUUAUUAAGCCUGGGAUGUUGAGACCGAGAUGGACAGUUCACUGUACACUUGUAACAUACUGCGGGAUCGUGCUAGAAUGUGUCACGUGGACCGAAGACAUUUUAAAAAGCAGAUAUCAUAAUAGAAAAAGUAAUUUGGGCUAAAUAUUCUAUGUUACAAAAAACAAAAAAUUCCUGCUAGAGAAUUCCACUGCUGGAAUUUCUGUGGCAAAGAAUUUUGCCUGUAAGCUGUUGCCCUAACACGUACCCCGUAGACAUAUCACCCCUCAGAAUGCUGCAGACUUUCUCUGGACCGCAGCGGGGAGCCCUGCCCUGCCUGUGCUGGGGGGCCCACCCUCACCCCCAGCUUCUGCCAGGCUGCGUGCACACCUCAGCUAGCCAGGCCGUGCGGUCAGCGACACGAACUUUAACCUUUGCCAUAAACUGCCAUCAUUUUGAUACAUCUGUGAUUUUAGUCACUAACUUAAACUAGCUCAUUACUUCCAUCUUGAGAAAAAGGAAACAAAAAUUAGGCUUUUGCCUAAGUUUCUUUCAUUAGACUCAUAGGCACUCUUCACUUAAAUACCUCAGUUUUUCUUUCCUUUUGCAUGCAUUUUCCCUGUUUGGUGCUAUGUUUAUGUAUUGUGCUUGAAAUUUUCAUUUUUUUUUUUUUUUGCACUGUAACUAUAAUACCUCUUAAUUUACCCUCUGAAAGCUGUGCCGGUGGAGGCUUGCUGCAAUUUGCCCUGUUCGUUGUGCUUGAAGUGUAAGGAAGCUGAGCCCAGGAGCAAGCGCAGGGCUGAGCCCACGAGGCCUUGUUUGCCCGCGCGCCCUUCUGGAGUUGAGACGGAUGCUGCGUUUCUGUGUUCCGCGACACGCGGCCUCUGCACCUGCAGAGACACGAGGCUGCCCUGAGGGACGGGAAGAGGGGGGGCUUCUCGGGGAUCGGUCGGGGUCCCCCAUCCGACACCUAAGUGGAGAUCUCAGUGACUAAAUGAUUCUUUUUUAGCAAAUUAAUAACUGAUUCAUUGUUUAAAUAUUUUAAUUUUGAACUUUAGAUGUCUAAAUAUUUUUAAAACAACAUUAGCAUGAGAGAUCACGGCAAGUUAAAACCAAGUGAUUCUUGACCUGCAUAACUGUCUCGUUUCGCAGGGGCAGGACGUACGUGGCUUUGUGGGUGAGGGGGGCUUGUGGGCCCAUCACAGGUCUUGAUUUAGAAGCCCCCAGAGGCCAGGAGCCAAGGGCUUGGCAUUGUGUCUGCGUUUAUCUCACUGGGAAGGGAGUCUCUUGCUUCUUGGCACCAAAAUCAGAUUGUUUCACAGUUACGAUUUCUGGCAGGAGAAAAAUGCCUCCAUCUAUUUUGUAACCUUUAAGAAGAGCAAUUUUUGUUGUUAAUAUUAAAAAGUUCAGACUCGGAUGUGAUUAGGUCAUCCAUCCUCGGUGGUGCAAAUUUCCUGCUACCAUUCAGAGGGUCUUAUCAGCUGCACGUUUCAGCUCUUUCACGCUUGUAUUUUGUCAGAGAAAAAAAUAGCUGAAAUUAAUUUGACUCACAGUUUGAAACAUUCUCUGAUCCCCUGGUGACCAAGUUAAAAAAUAACAAGUUGGAGUUAGACAUAGGAAAUGGUUCGGAGCGCUUCUGUUGUGCUGUUAAUGCUGUGGACUUUUCCCUGGGUUCCGUUAAGAAAAAAAAGAAAUGGCCCUCUCUGGAAGAGCCCUCCUUUAGGGCAGUGUGAUCUCCCCUCCCCCGCUCAGCAUGCCCCUCUCCCAGCGGGAGGCAGAAUGUAAGGGGGGAGCCAUCGCUGAGGUUCCCCCCCCCCCCCCCGCCCCGCCGUGUGUAAGGACUGGUGGGACACAACCUGAAAAAGCAACUGCAGGGAUUCCUUGUGCUGGCCGCGCGCAGCUCCUUGGCUUGAGCCUUCGUUGCGAAUGUCUUUUGUGUCUUGGAUGACCUUGCCCGCAGUCCUCGCUCCUGCCUCUGACAUCGCCUUUCCUCGCUCUUCUGUUCACGUGGCACCGGUCGGCCUUGCACUUGCUUCCACUCUUUACCUCAUUUCAAGAAAACAAAACAAGUUCUUAUUAUACCUGAGAGCGGGGGGCGGGGGGGGGGUGGGGUUUGGCCUUGCUGCUGUUUUGAUCUUCCGGAAUUGCAAAAGAUCGUCGUCACGCCUGCCAUGUGUCGGAUACUUGCACAACCGAAAUAGGUCGUUUCUGUCUGUGGCAUUUGUACUAUGUGUGAAACGAUGGCAGAGAUUUGUGAACUGAAUUCUUAAUGAUGUGUUUAAAUGUUACAUUUCUCCUUUUGCUUUCUGUGAAACGAUUAAGUGGAGGGUGACCUCUCACACUCGUGUAAUGACCCCCUAAGACUGCUCCCUUUCCUUUCUCCCCGUGGCUGCUCCCCGGCGGCCGCUUGGGUCUGCGGGUUUGCUUCUCGCCACCACUGUUCCCACGGCCGCCUCGCGGGCCCCCAGGCCCUGCUCGUUUCCACUCCCCUUCUUGCUCGGCCAGGGCAUCUAAGCCUUUUGCACACAACUGGAGCCCGCGGGCGGCCUGGGACUUGAGCGUCCUCGUGCAGCCUGGAGCUGUGUCUGAGUCCUCGGACUCAGGCCGCGAGUGUCACCUCUGGUUAUUUUAAUGACACCCACAUAGGUAUAUUUUUCCAACUGCUUUUCUGGAGUUGAAUUAUUUCCAAAUAAAAUCCCUUUAUUUUCUAUGGUACGUGAGAAGUUUUAAAGACACGUUUAAGACCGAGAGUAAGCAGAUGAUUUUUCUGCUCGUAAUAAAAUGGAGGCGUCGGCAUUGGGGCCGUUGUCUUGUCCGCCGGCCGCGAGGGCGACUUUUCCCAGCCGGCUUGUGAGUGUUUUCUAACCACUGUUUGUGCUUGAUGAUUGAAACUCUGCAGAUGCACUUGGUUCGAGGUGGCCGCAGGUUGCACAGCCAAAGUGCAGAUGGAGAUGAAGAGGGAGAGAGGCCGCCUGCUCUGCUCUUGGGGGGGGGGGGGGGGGACGGAGAUCACAGAGCCCACGCAGCCGGGCUCCCCACCAGCACACGGGCAAGCUGCAGCCUGCACCUUAGGGGUCUCAGCCCCCUCCGCGGGGGGGCUUCUUGGGUUUUGGUUUUUGUUUUGUAAUAAUUGUAGCCAAGCAAAUCUCCAAUAAAGUAUGGUCUGUUCACUUGG